AAGGAGUGAAGGAGUAAGGAGGAACCGAAAGAAGGGAGUUCCAGUCAGUCUGUGCGUGCGACUCCGUCCGUCGAGCAGACAUCUCUCACUGUUUAGUCCACCUCUUAGUUAGAGCAGACAUUCAUCGAGUGGCUCGUGGUGGAAGCCACAUGUCGUCGAUUGUGCAGCUGUUACCGGCACCCUGACGAUCAAUCAAUUAAUUCACCAUUGGUAUUAGAAUCAUUGGUAUUAAAUCGCGAUCGUGCCCGAUUAACGUUACUUUUUUAUUUCUCUCCUUUUUCUUUUUCAUUUAAAUUAACCAUUAAUAUCUUGUUUCUUCUCGUAUUUGGGAUACGUGUAAUAUACGUGUAAACGUAUGAGAGUGAUUAAAAACCGUAAAAAGGAAAAAAAAAAGUGGUCAUCGAGAGUGAAUGGAGAAAAGAAUUUUUGUUGUUGUUGUUUUGUUGUUAUCGGGAUAAAUAAUUCAACGAAAACAAUUGGAAAACAUGUAUUCGAAAAUAUUUAUCGAUUUACUUAUCGUCCUCUUCGUUACCAUUGGUUCUCCACCUAACACCAUCGAAGCUUUCAACGUCGAAAUUAAACACUAUGCAAUUUAUCGCAAAGAGUCCAAUUCUAUGUUCGGCUUUGCUGUUUCAUCUUAUCGUGACAAAUCCGGACGAGGAUGGGCGAUUGUAGGAGCUCCGGAGGCCGAUACAUCGCAAACAGGUAUCUACAGGGGUGGCGCGGUUUACAGAUGCGACAUUGCGACCGACAACAGAUGCGACAUUAUCCACUUCGACGAUACAG